GUCCCGCGCCCGGGCCGCCGCCUCCUUCCCUCCUACCGACCUGGCCAUGGCCCGCCCUUCGCCCUCGCCUCGGGCCGGGCGGAGCUGGUGGCCGCUCCGCCCCUUGGUCGCUGCUGCCGCCGCCGCCAUGGCCGAGCAGGUGUCGGGGCCCCCGUCGGAGCCGCCCGGGGACGAGCCGGAGGAGGGGGCGCGCCCGCGGGCCGUGGAGCCGGUGCUGCUGCUGGCCACGCUGGCCCUGGGCUUGCAGGCUCCGCUCUGCACCCAGUACCUGUGGGAGCGCCUCGGCGCCGGGAAGGGCAGCGCCGCCCGGCCGGGAGGAGGAGGAGGAUGCGCCAACGGGAGCGGCUCCGCCAAGCAGGAGGAGGAGCUGGAGACCCUGGUGGCUCACUGGAACCUCUACCUCAACCUGGCCGGCUUCCUGGUCGGCCUCUUCUCCGUCACGCUGCUCGGCCCCUGGAGCGACUCCGCGGGGCGCCGCCCGGCCCUCGCCAUCGCCUCUCUGGGCAUGGCUCUGCAGGCGGCCAUUUUCCUGGCGGUGAUGUCCCUCCGGCUCCCCGUGGCCUGGCUUCUGCUGGGCCGCAUCCUGGCCGGCCUCUCGGGCGACUACAACCUCAUCCUGGCCGCCUCCUUCGCCUACACAGCCGACGUCAGCGACCGGCGAGGGCGCACUUUCCGCGUGGCCGUCCUGGAGGCCUGCCUGGGCCUGGCGGGGAUGGGCGCCAGCCUCCUGGGCGGGCAGUGGCGCCAUGCCCAAGGCUACGCGGCUCCCUUCUGGCUGGCCUUCUCCGCUAGCCUCGCCGCUGCUCUCUACGCCGCCGUCUGCAUGCGGGAAUCGGUGGCGCCCAGGCAGCCCACGAGGCUCCUCACCCUCCGCCAUUACGCCUCCGUCCUCCGCCUCUAUGCGCCCGGCGCCCGGGGCUGGGAGUGGCGCAAGCUGCUCCUCUACUCCCUUGCCUUCUUCCUGGUGGUCAGCGUGCACUUCGGGGCCUCGGACCUGCUGGUGCUGUACGAGCUGAGCACCCCGCUCUGCUGGGGCUCGGAGCUCAUCGGCUACGGCUCGGCCGCUCACUACCUGGCCUACCUAUCCAGCUUGUUGGGGCUGCGCCUGCUCCAGAACUGCCUCGAGGACGGCUGGGUGGCCGAAGCCGGCCUGCUCUCCAACGUCCUGGGCCUGGGGGCGAUCGCACUGGCGAGCACCACACCCCUGAUGUUCACAGGAUAUGGCCUCCUCUUCCUCUCCAUGACUGUCACGCCUGUGAUCCGCUCCAAGUUAUCCAGGCUGGUUGAUGAGAAGGAGCAAGGCGCUCUCUUUGCUGCCGUGGCCUGCGUGGAAGGUCUCUGCUCGCUGGUGGCCACAGGGGUCUUCAACUCCCUUUACCCCGCCAGCCUCUCCUUCAUGAAAGGCUUCCCCUUCCUCUUUGGGGCCGUCCUCCUCCUCGUUCCAGCCGCCAUCAUCGGGUGGAUCGAAAUCCAGGACUCAAAACCUGACUACAGCCACUUUGCCGACAUGCCUGGUCCGCUGCAGGAGGCCGAACAAUGACCAGCUGAACCUGAGUUGCCACCCUUCCAGAAACCGGCAGCUGAUUUCUGCACGUGCCUCUCCAAUGACUUGAAAACAAUUUCCUCUUGGCUCUUCACGUUUGGCCUUUUAAUGUAACUUGGGGGGGGGGUAACUUUCCUCUGAGACAUGCUUUGAUCUCUGUGUCAUGGGUGGGUGUGUCAUGAGGACUAGAACCUUUCUUCAGAUCUGUGGAGCUGGGAGUAGGAAUCCUAACCAGGGGAGUGUGUGUGUGUGUGUGUGUGUGUGUGUGUGUGAGAGAGAGAGAGAGAGAGAGAGAGAGAGAGAGAGAGAGAGUGGGCUUUGUGUGUGCCAUUCACAUUGGCUUUUAGGGGAGAUCACAAAGAAAGCUCCCUUUUCUCUCCCACAAAUCUCUUCCUUGCCCAUUCUGGGGGUGUCACCCACCCCAGCAGUGGGGAGUAUUUUCCUUUUCCAGUGGUGCAGCUGCCCCUCUUGGAUGGACUUGGGUGCCAAGGGGGAGGCGGCCCCUCUCUCGAUGACAGCUGGCCCUCCUGUGCCAAGGGAGGUGGUGCCCCCCUCCCACUCAAGUUUGCUUCCCCAUUCGUACUUGGAGGGGAAAUUGCUGGUGGCAAAUUGCUCCCGGACCCACCUGGGCAAGGGUGUGCAUCAAAGGACGUGUCGCAAUAAAGUUGGAGGUGUGUGCUGAUAA